AUGGAAGCAGUAAUCCCGUUUUGGGUCGAAGGGAAGUUAGUUUGGAUUACCGGAUUGACUCAUAAGACUACUUUCCGUGAAGUAAUUUCUUCUAUCAUCAAGUACCAAUAUGAACGAGAAGCGAGUCCAGAGGAGGUGCAGACGUUCAAAGUUGUGGAAAGAUGGGAGUGGAUGGAAAGACACUUACGAAGUCGUUGCAAGAUUCUUCAAGUUUGGCAAUCUUGGGGAGAAGAGAGGAAGAAUGUGUAUUUUGUGCUGAGGAAACGGUCUUCGAACGAAUUGUCACGAAAAUCCAAAAAAGCCAAAAUGCUCAGAUCUAAGCAUGGAAACAGAAAUCAGUGGAAAGUAAAGUUUCGGAGCGAGUACCAUGCUUUAGAUGAAGAAAUUUUAAAAGGCAUUUUAUUGUCCCAACAAAAAGUUUUGCUUCGUCAGAAAGAUGAAUUGAAAUCAAAAGAGUUAGAAAUUGAAGAGUAUGAAACUUCGACUCAUUUUAGCAGGAUGAAAGUUGAUGGUGAGAAUUAUCUACAAGACAUGUACCUUGGGGAAAAGUUUUUUCCUGAAGGUUCUUCCAGCUUUCAAGAGCUCAAAAAUCAUCAUGUCACAAAAGAAGCUAUUUGUGAAAUAGAAAUGUUGUAUGAAAAUAUUUUAGAUUUAAGCAAACGAAUCGAAAAACAGGAAUACAUAAUAAGAUUGCUGUCGGCACAGAUACGAUAUUCUUUGUCAUUAAAGGAGAAUAGAAAUGAUUCCGUUGAGGAGGAAACGUUGACAUUCGUUGGACAGAAGAAUUCAGACAUUUUUAUGUGCUCUCAAAAAACAAAAGUGCAAGUUGAUUGCAUUAGUGAGCUGAACAAAAGUCAGAAAUUCAUAAUUGACAGAAAUGAAAGACUUUUAAAGGAAUAUGACAAAAUUCUUGAGCUGAAGCAAAAUUGCAUUGAGCAACUUCAGGAAGAGUUAGAUAAAGCUAAUCUAGAAAUUGGAACCUUGCAGCAAAGCUCUAAUGGAUAUAUUAAAAGUUCAACUUCGAGGAAACAGAAAAAAUCUUGCAGAUAUGAGGCAGUACUCAAUGAUUAUAGUUCUGACACAGGACUUAGCUCCUUGGCUAGCAGUUCAGAAGAAAACAACUAUACAUUCAAAGAGGAACGUGGAUAUGUCCUUGAUACAUUGGUGUAA